UAGGGGCGCUACUCUGCCACGCCGCCUUAAUGUCUUCCGGUACAAAGCCUUCAUUGCCCCGCUUCGUUCAUCCAACAGUCCUUCCGGUUUGACCGACAUCGCAGAUAGCAGAUAUGGCUAUUCGCUACCCCAUGGCCGUUGGCCUUAAUAAAGGCCAUCCUGUCACCAAAAAUAUAACUGCUCCAAAACACAGCCGCCGACGCGGGCGUCUGACCAAACACAGCAAGUUUGUUCGAGACAUGAUCCGUGAAGUGUGUGGUUUUGCUCCAUAUGAGAGGCGUGCCAUGGAGCUGUUGAAGGUGUCAAAGGACAAGAGAGCCCUCAAGUUUAUCAAGAAGAGAAUUGGCACUCACAUUCGGGCCAAGAGAAAGAGAGAGGAGCUGAGCAACGUACUGGCUGCCAUGAGGAAGGCUGCCGCCAAGAAGGACUAAUCUGUCAAUAAAAGUUUGCAAAACUACAAACUCCA